UAUUCUAACCAGGAAAUAAAUUACGGAAGUAGCUAGCUGACAGAUCCAUGCUUCUUUAAAAUAGCCGUGAUAUUGCAAUUUCGAGAUGCAAAAUGGCGAGCAGAAUUCGGGGAUUUUAUAAUGCACAAAAUAUGAACUAAUAGACAUUGCAUUUGAUAGGUAAAAGAAAUGAGGAGACGAUAGCUAGCCAUGGUUAGCCUAGCACCUGCCGACAUAUGUGACCUUAAUGUCCAGUCCAUAAACUACACUAACGUUACAGUAUGAGCAAUUCAUCUACCGACGUUAAUCUGCCUCAGCUAAAUUCUCUCUCGGUUUCGCAUCUGUCCUCGGCUCUGGUCAGAAGAGGAUAGCGUCGCUACGGUAUCUGACUGGCACAUUUCGUAUUUGAAGGACUAGACGGAGUCAGGAGCAUGUUUCAGAAGAUCUCUUUCACGGCGCUCAUAGUCGGGGUGUUCGUUGUGUAUGUUUCGCACACUUGCUGGGUGAUGUAUGGCAUCGUUUACACCAAGCCUUGUGAGAACCCCAAAUUCGAAAACUGCAUCAACCCUUAUUUGGCAGGAAAACCAAGACUGCAGCUGAGUAUCUAUACAGCCUUGCGACCCAAUGCUGAUGGUGGACAGACCCUCAUUCACAAGGAGGAGGACUUUGAUGUUGAGACCAAGUUUGAAAGGAUAGUGAAUGUGUCCCUCCCGAAGAAGACCCGUAAGAAUGGGACUCUGUAUGCCAUGGUGUUUGUACACCAGGCAGGCAUGUCUCCGUGGCAGGACCCCAGACAGGUGCAUCUGGUGUCCCAGCUCACCAGCUACAUGAUACCCAAACCACCAGAGGUCAGCCUGAUCUCAGGGGAGGAAGCACCACAGGUGGAGCAGCAGAAACAGAAGCCUAAAAGAGGUGACUCUGCAGUGGACCGGCCCGUGUCUCACUGGCGCUCCCGUCUCACCCUCAAUGUGGUGUCAGAGGACUUUAUCUUCGACAGGGACUUCCUGCCCAGCGACGUGCACCGCUACCUGAGAGUAUUUCAAAAUGGAAAGAAGAAGAUGUACCUUCCACUGCUGUUUGUGGAUGAGCUGAGCAACAGAGUGAAAGACUUGCUGGAGAUCAACAGCACCAGCACAGAACUCCCUCUCACCAUCUCCUAUGACACCAUCUCCCUCGGGAAACUCCGCUUCUGGAUUCACAUGCAAGAUGCCGUCUACUCCCUGCAACAAUUCGGCUUCACUGAGAAAGAUGCUGAUGAAAUCAAGGGCAUUUUCGUGGAAACCAACCUGUACUUCUUAGCCCUCACCUUCUUCGUAGCUGCCUUUCAUCUCCUAUUUGAUUUCCUGGCCUUCAAACAUGACAUCAGCUUCUGGAAGCAGAAGAAAAGCAUGGUGGGGAUGUCCAGCAAAGCAGUACUGUGGAGGUGUUUCAGCACCAUUGUGAUUUUCAUGUACCUGUUUGAUGAGCAGACCAGUCUGCUGGUCCUCAUUCCUGCUGGAGUAGGCUCCAUUAUCGAGGUGUGGAAGGUGAAGAAAGCCUUUAAGAUACAGAUUGUCUGGAAGGGUGUAAAACCAACAUUUAUAUUUGGAAAGUCUGACGAAUCAGAGAGGAGGACUGUAGAGUAUGAUGCUCUGGCAAUGAAGUACCUGUCGUAUUUACUCUACCCAAUGUGUAUUGGAGGAGCGGUUUAUGCUUUAGUGUUUUUGAGAUACAAAAGUUGGUACUCCUGGAUCGUCAACAGUUUAGUGAAUGGAGUAUACGCUUUUGGAUUCCUCUUCAUGCUACCUCAACUCUUUGUUAACUACAAGUUCAAAUCCGUGGCACAUCUACCCUGGAAAGCAUUCAUGUAUAAAGCGUUCAACACCUUUAUCGACGACAUAUUUGCCUUCAUCAUCACCAUGCCCACCUCCCAUCGGCUAGCCUGCUUCAGGGAUGAUGUGGUCUUCCUCGUCUACUUGUACCAGAGAUGGCUGUAUCCUGUUGAUAAGACCAGAAUGAACGAAUACGGACUGUCUUACGACGAGGAAGAGAUACCCGAAGGAAAGGCCCACAAAGACUAAAACUGAUCACAGACACACAUGCAGGUCCUGAGAGCCAUGUGUAGAAGAUGGACCUACACGUCGCUGUGCUGGGAUGGGGUACUAUGCCUGUAAAACACUUUGGUGUUAUUUGUCACAAGGUGGAUUUGCCUCGUAGGGAAGGUUCAGAUAUCCUUACUGCUCUCCUAAGCCCCUCACUCCCAGCCAGUCACCACCCACCUUAUACCUACUCAGACCAUUGAAGACUUGAGUGGGCUUACCUAAGCAAUACGAUGCCUAGCACAGCACUGGUUGAAUUGGCCACAGCUGCCACCAGUUGAAGGAGCAUGGACCAACCCAUUAUGUAUAACAUGAUUGGUGAAUGUGUUUGUCUAUGGAAUGGGACCAACUCAGUCCCCCUCCCCUUGCCCGCCUGCCUGCACCUGUUUUCCCCCAUCCAACUUAUAAAAAUAAAUAAAACACCUGGUGCUUCAUAUCAUGAUGUCAUCAUCAGGAGACGCUAACUGAUGUCACCACGUUUUGUUCUCUUGGUCAAAGCGAACAGAAUCCUGUUUGAUAAUUCAGAAGAAGAUCUCAGCUUUUAUGUUUGUAUUUGACCUUUGUAAAGUAUUAGAACAUGAAGACCACGAGAUGAUGGUGCCAAAUAUGGGAAAUUAUAUUUGAUGUGCUUUGAAUGUGAAAAUUUGUGAUGUUACAUUUUGUUAAUUGUUAUUAAAGCAUUCGAUAAUGUUUGA